AUGGAGGCAGCUUUGGGACUUCUCAGAAGAAUGCCGCCGAAACAAUCGGAGACGGCUCUCUCUGCACUUCUCAGCCUUUUGCCUCAACAUUCUUCCGAUCUUCUCUCUCAAGUCGAUCUCCCUCUUCAGGUGUUACGUGAUAUUGAAAGUGGGAAAGAUUUCAUUUUGUGCGAGUACAAUAGAGAUGCAGAUUCCUACAGGUCACCCUGGUCAAAUAAAUACUAUCCUUUGCUAGAGGAUGCUCUUUAUCCUUCGUCAGAAUUAAGAAAGCUUGAAGUUGAAGCCAACGACAUCUUUGCAAUUUACCGUGACCAGUAUUAUGAAGGUGGUAUAUCUUCAGUCUACAUGUGGGAGGAUGUUAAUGAAGGCUUUGUGGCAUGUUUCCUUAUCAAGAAAGAUGGGUCAAAGUCAGGUCAUGGUCGGAGGGGAUGCCUGGAAGAAGGAGCUUGGGAUGCCAUACAUGUUAUACAGGUUGGUCCAGAGGAGGAGGAAAUGGCACAGUAUUGCUUAACAAGUACCAUCAUGCUCUCCCUGACCACUGAUGAUGAGUCUUCAGGCAAAUUCGGCUUAUCUGGAUCAAUUAGAAGACAGAUGAAAAUGGAGCUCGCAGUAGCGGAGGGACAUCUGUGCAAUAUGGGAAGAAUGAUUGAAGAAUUGGAAGGCAAACUUAGGAACUCACUUGAUCAGGUUUACUUUGGGAAGACUAGAGAGAUGGUUUGCACAUUGCGUCCACCAGCUGAGAUUGUACAGAUGAGACUACCCGACACCUAA